AUGGUUCUCGUCAGCAACGAUCUCAUGUCUAGAGCAAAUAUCUUUCUCGCAUGUCUGGCUGUAUGUGAUGUGUGCUUUCUGAUAUUAAUGAUUCCCCAUUCAAUGGGUAAUUUCGAUUAUUUCGCCUUCAGUCUCCUAUUUCGUUACCUGUAUCUUCGAUCAAAAGUUCACCUCGUCGCUUUUGCGAAUUGGACAUCGGCGGUAUCGAUUUGGCUAGUCGUUGGGGUCUGUUUCGAGAGAGUCAUAGGAGUACGAUCACCUCUUCAUCGUCUAGCAGCUCCUUCAAAAAGACGUCUCGCUGCAGGUCUUCUGCUGCUGCUGUCAGCAUGUGCAGCUUUGACCUGCUACAAUCACGUUUCUCAACAAUGUUUCAUGAAGUUGUUCUGUCAUGAAACACAAUGGAUCUCAAUGUGCCUCGACGUGAACACGAACGCAUGGCAAGGGAACAGCACGAAUCCGUCAUCGCAUCUUCUUCGUCAGUACGUGAAAUGGAUGCGAGCGGCUAACGUCGCACUUGUCGUAGCGAUACCGUUAGUGUUCCUCGUCGUUCUCAAUACUAUGCUUAUGUACUACGUGAAAAAGAGGUCGUUCUUCCUAUACGCCUCGUUAAGCAAGGUUUCGCGCCGAAUGCAACAAGAAGGUCAAGCAUCGUUGCCGUUCGUCUCUUCCUUGUUCAGACGGCACAGUGAUCAGUUAGUCCAGCAAAAGAUGGAACAUCGUGUAGCAGUCACUGUGUGCGCUGUUGUCACUUCCUUUACUAUCACUCAGGCUCCUUCAGCCGUCGUCUUGUUCCUGAUGUCUAUAUGGGAUGAUAGGCCGUUCCGAUCCCCUGGACAAUGGUACAAUUUACAAGUAAUCACCAGCUUCUUGGUUAUCGUCGGGAAGUGCUUGAAUUUUGUAGUUUUCUGCUUGAGUAGCGAGAAUUUCCGCCAAAAGCUUCUCGUCACUCUACGAGCCCGAUGCGGAGGCAUUAGCGAAGAGAAAAGAUGUCAUUCUGUAGUAACAACGUAUACUCGAUGUGACAGUCGGGAUUCAAGGAUACUGUCGGCUAAAAAAUCAUUCCAAAGUCUUCCGAUAAAUCCUCUAGUAGGGAAUCCUUUCGGUAUGCCAUCACCAUACGGCCUGAAUCCACUCUACGAUGGAUACAUGAUGGGAUACGGUAUGAAUGGACUUGGUAUGGGAAUCCCGUACGGUGGAUAUGGAAUGUACGGAAUGAACGGAAUGAUGAACGGAAUGAAUGGAAUGAACGGGAUGAAUACCAUGAACGGUAUGAACGGCGGUAUGAAUGGAAUGCAGAAUACGGGCACAAUUAAUAACGGCAAUACGAUGCGGUCGAACAGAAUAUCCGGAUCCAGGACAAGAUAUGGAUCGUAUAAUCAAGGAUGCGGUGGUGGGUGUAGCAGUGGUGGCUGGUUAGAUGCAAAGAAACUAAAGAAGGCUUGA